GGCCUCUUGUGCUCCCGCUAACCAACACCACGCGAGACUCUGAAGCCUUUCCCCCAAAGCGCAUUACGAGACCGCAACAGACGAUAGUUACCAGAACUUCGUCAACCCAAACCCCAAUUUUUGAAACCAGAAGCUACUUUGCAGUGGCAACAACGCCGCAACCAUGUCGGCCUCUAACAAGCAGGGCAAGAUGGCGCAUGAUAUCUAGGCCGGUUACAUCAACUACCGGAUGCGCGUAACGCUGAAUGAUGGCCGCCAGAUGACGGGUCAGAUGCUCGCUUUCGAUAAGCACAUGAACCUUGUGCUCGCCGAUACCGAAGAGUUCCGCCGGAUCAAAAGGAAGCAAAACAAGCCCUCCGCCCCCGGCGCAUCAUCAUCCGGCGCGCAGACCAUCGAGCAGGAGGAGAAGCGGACACUGGGUCUGACGAUCGUUCGAGGCGCCCACAUUGUAUCCCUUUCCGUCGAAUCGCCGCCGCCGGCUGACCCAAGCGCUCGUUUGGGCAAGACUGGCGGUCCCAGUGUUGCCUCUGCGCUCGCAGCGGGACCUGGUGUCGCAAGACCGGCUGGCCGCGGCGCCGCUGCUCCCAUUUCCCUUGCCGGCCCUGCUGCUGGUAUUGGCGGCGCCGUCCCUCCCCCAGCUUUCCCAGGCUUCCCUGGUGCUCCCGGUUUUCCUGGCGCCCCUGGCCGUGGUGCUCCCCCUCCACCAGGAUUUGGAGGUGGAUUCCCUCCUGCUGGCUUUCCCGGCGCGCCCGGUGGCUUCCCCCCUGGAUUCCCUCCCGGCGGUGGCCCUCCUUCUGGCUUCAACCCUCCUCCUCGCCGUUAAUGAUUACGUUUGGUGGCCGACCCAACACUACUUACUGAGAUGCCCCGCCACACAACAUACGACGACAUCAAAUACGACGAAUGGCUGCGAACUUGUAUGUGAUUGGGGUGGAUCUUCACUUGGCCGACGAAAAGCUAGAUUUUUGCCUGGAAAGCUUGAGGGUUUUACUGUUUUCUUUUGGCGGCGUUUGGGGAUUUCUUGAUGAAACAUUACAAAGGGCCGGAAAUCAGCGAAUUGUGUUCUUGAGAAUAAGGGGCGAGCAGAGUAUGCAAGACAGGCAAACGGGACAAAGAGAAGAGGAAUGAGAAGUCCGAGGGGCUUAGGCGGCGUGGAUGGUGACAGAACAGAGGAUAUUGCUGUUGCCUUUGGGGACUAUGUACAUAUGCGGUCGUGAAUAUGGAUGGAUGUUGGUGUUGCACAACCCUUGGACACCCCAUACAGAAGCUCGAGAGUGAGCUUCAACAACAAAUUCACAACGAUUAGGUGCCAACUGUCUAUUCUACUGUUGCAGAUAUCUCACUUGUGAAUAAUAGAUGUAGUAAACGCCCCCAAAUUCAACCAAUUGGCAACCUUGACUUUUACAAUGAC